CAGCGGGUGUGCAAAAAGGCCUCGUCUUUUGUCACGCGACUGGGUCACGUGUGCGAUGACGUCACAUCCGGUCAAAAUGGACGAGAUCUUACUCCCUAGGUCCUGAUGUCGCAUACUUUACAAAAUGGAUAUCACUUACUCAUAUACUCUGAAGCGACACGAGUUUGGUAAGCAGCCUCUGUUCUGUGAACAAGGGCCGGAGAUGUGCGAUAGUAUAGUCGCCAACAUCACCGAGCAUCGCAACUACAUCCUGCGGAAUCCAGUGCACCAACCAGUGCAGAAUGCACCAGUCUUCUCUGAGAACCAUGUGAAUACUGAACGGGCCGAGUACUCCAGCUCGGGCGCCAAUCACUCGGAGGGCGGCUGGCCCAAGGACGUUAACCUUCUAGAUCCUGAGAUGACACAGCGCUAUCGACGCAAAGUCGAAAAGGAAGACAACUACAUCCAUUGCGUUAUGACCAUGGCUCCGGGCAUGGACCACUACGUGCUACAGAAUAAUGCGAUCGAUAUGUACCGCACGUACUACGCGGAGAUGCCGUCGCUGCCCACCCUCGACCGGAACAGCUGCCGCACGGUGAACGUGUACCGCGACGGUAGCGACGCCGCAGCGCAGCGGCCCGUCAGCUCCAUCUGCUGGCAGCCAGACGGUGGGCAGCGGUUCGCAGUCACAUACGUGGAUGUCGACUUCAACCGACAUUCACGCGGCUCUCUCAACUGCUACAUCUGGGACUUGGAGAACGCGAACCAGCCUGAAGUGACGUUUAUGCCUCCGUGUCCAAUGCUCGCUUUAGUAUACAAUCAACGCGACCCUAACGCACUCGCUGGAGGGCUGAUGACCGGGCAGGUAGCGAUCUGGGACAAGCGGCGCGGAGGCGGGCCGGUGGGAAUAUGUCCGCCGCACGUGGCGCACCGCGACCUCGUCAACAACGUGCUGUACAUCAAUGCUAAAUCGGGCCAGGAAUUCUUCUCCACCGGUCCUGAUGGGGCUUGCAAGUGGUGGGAUGCGCGGAACAUGAACGACCCGACAGAUGAAAUGAUCAUCGACGUGGUGAAGUCUUCUUUCGAUGUACAGUCGAUGGCGAACUCCAAUGGAGUUUGUAGUCUAGAGUUCGAGCCCACAAUGCCGACGAGGUUCAUGGUGGGGACCGAGAAUGGGUUCGUCAUCGCAGGCAACCGUAAAGGAAAAACACCGAUGGAAAAGUUACCCGUCAAGUUCGAUGCGCAUAACGGUCCGGUGUGGUCAGUGGAGCGCAACCCUAACUUCCUAAAGAACUUCCUGACGGUGGGCGACUGGACGGUGCGCGUGUGGAGCGAGGACUGCCGCGAGUCGGCCGUGCUGUGGUCGCCGCCGCAUCGACACAAGAUCACCGCCGGCACCUGGAGCCCCACCAGGCUUUCCCUAAUGCUGCUCGCCCAGGGUAACGGUAUCCUGGCGAUAUGGGAUCUGCUGCGGCGCCAGCACGAGCCGUCGUUAACCAUGCAGGUCUGCGAGGAAUCGCUGCUGCGUCUGCGCAUGCACGAAGCGGGAUCGCUGAUCGCGUGCGGGAGUGAGAAGGGCAACGUCUACAUGGCGGAGGUAUCCCAGAGUCUGUCGCAGUCUGAUAAGAACGACAAGGUUCUGAUGACUGCGAUUUUAGAACGAGAGAGUAAGCGCGAGCGCAUCCUGGAAGCGCGGAUGCGGGAGAUCCGCCUGAAGAUGCGCCAAGCUGAAGAGUCCAGCCCGGCCGCGUCUGCUACCGAACUUGACCCUACGCUGGGCGACCACGACCUCGCCGAUGCCACCACGGAGUACAUGGCGGUUGUGAAGAAGGAACAGGGCAUGCUUGUGUAACUGUCUACAAAGCAAAAUGUGUACAAUAUUAGUUUAUGCAUAUAAGGUUCAAUACAGCAUACAUUGCUUCUACAAUGCGAGUAAUGUUGUUUGUACAAGGCAAGUUCUAAAGAAAGCAGGUUGAAAUCGGACGCAAUCUCUCAAGUUACAUCUUAUUCUAGACAGCUCCGAUCAAAUCUCUAAUCUUUAGACUGCGCCCACCGAGUCUAGUCUCCAGUGUAAAUGAGCCUGUGCCUACUCCGUUUUGUUAAUUAUACUAGUUUCGAGUCGUUUUAAUGUUAUAGAUAUGUUUACGUUUGUAGCAUUUAAUUUGUAGUAGUAUAUUUAUAACAUAGCAUAUUUCUUAGCCACAUUUAUAUUAGUUACAAGUAUAUUUCAGAUGUUAAUUUAUAAUUUAUGAUACAAUAUUAAUUUUAUCAUUAAUUUGUAAU